CCCUAUAAAUGUAAUGUGUGUGGAAAGGGAUUUAACCAGAGGUCCCACCUAACAAACAAUCAGAAGACUCAUACAGGAGAAAGGCCCUACAAGUGCAACGAAUGUGGGAAGGCCUUCAGUUACUGCUCUGUCCUUGUUCAACAUCAGAGGAUUCACAGUGGGAACAGACUGUAUGAAUGUCCUGAAUGUGACAACACAUUCAGUCGUAGCACAUACCUAACUCAGCACCAAAGAAUUCACGCUGGUGAGAAGCCUUAUAAGUGUCUGGAAUGUGAAAAGGCUUUUAGCCAGAGCACCCGUCUUACUCUGAAUCAGAGAAUUCAUACAGGAGAAAAGCCCUAUGAAUGUAAUGACUAUGGGAAAGCUUUCAGUUACUGCUCAAACCUCAUUCAGCAUCAGAGAAUGCAUACCGGAGAGAAACCAUACAAAUGUGGUGAAUGCGAGAAAGCCUUUAGUGAUCGUUCAGCCCUUAUUCAGCAUCAGAGAACUCACACUGGAGAGAAGCCCUAUGAGUGUAAUGAAUGUGGAAAAGCCUUUGGAAACUACUCAGCUUGUAUUCGACAUCAGAAAACUCACACUGGAGAGAAGCCCUAUGAGUGUAAGGAAUGUGGAAAAACCUUUAGCAGAAGUAUAUGCCUUACUCAACAUCAGAGAAGUCAUACAGGUGAUGAACCAUAUAAAUGUAAGGAAUGUGGGAAAAUUUUCACCCAGAGUUCAUUCCUUACAUGACACAUGAGGGUUCAUAUGGGAGAAAAACCCUACAAAUGUAAUGAAUGUGAGAAAGUGUUCAGGGAUCGCUCAGGGCAUAUUCAGCACCAGAGAACUCACAUUGGAGAGAAGCUGUAUGACUGCAGUGAUUGUGGGAAAGCUUUCGGUUUCUGUUUUUCUCUUAUUCAAAAUAAAAGAAUUCAUACAGGAGGAAGCCCUAUAAAUGCAAGGACUGCGGAAAAGCCUUUAGUGAUAGGUCAGCACUUAUUCAGCAUCAGAGUACGCACACCAGAGAGAAGCCCUAUGAAUGUAACAUGUGGAAAAGGCUUCAGUCAGAGUAGAAACCUUACAAAUCACCAGAAAACUCAUUCCAGUGAAAAAUCCUACACAUGCAGUGAAUGUGGAAAAGCCUUUAGUUACUGCUCAGGCCUUUUUCGACAUCAAAUCAUUCAUACUGGAGAGAAACCUUAUGAGUGCAGUAAAUGUGGGAGAGCCUUCAGUCAGAGGACAGACCUUAAAAAACAUCAGAAAACGCAUACCGAAGAGAAACUCCACAAACGUAAUGAAUGUGGAAAACCCUUCAGCCAAAGCACGUAUCUUACAAAACACCAGAAAGUUCAGAGUGGAGAAAAAGCAAAUAUACGUACUGAGUGUAGGAAAACCUUUAGACAAAACUCCUCUAUUCAACAUGAAAAAUCUUGCACUGUAGAGAAAUCCUCUGAAUGCCUUGAGGGUCUGGUGACUGUGGAGACCCUCCCCAGGGAAACAGGAGGAGGAUCAUGAAAACUGUUCACUAGAGUGGCCACUUGAUUUAGUGGGAAGAGCACAUGUCUGGGGUUUAGAGGUCCUGGGUUCGAAUCGCAGCUCUGUGACCAACCAGGUCUAUUACUUGCUUUAGAGUAAGUCACUUUACCUCUUCUUGCCUUAAUUCGCUCACCUGAAAUAUUGGGAGGCCUGAUUCAUUGAUCUUUAAGAUCCACCUUUAUUUUAUUUAUUACCAGUGCAGGUUUUUAUAGAUGUGACUUUCAAAUUGUGACUUAUUUAUUCUGCAACAGGUCUGAUUUACAGUGUGAAGAUGUAGUAGUCAUUAGGAGUUCAGUAAAGAUAUAGACUACGUGCUAUUUAUUAUCUUUGUACUGGUCCUUCAAGAUUAAAGAUACCAUGAGUACUCAAGGAGAUUAAGAGAUAAAAUAGGGUAAAUUAUGCUAAUUAUUGCAGUAGGAAGGUUGGGGUCUUGAUUAAGAAUAUGGUGUCUGAUAAAUCCUCAAAAAGAACAAAUCAAACUGUUGGUAAAGGCUAGGUUACCUAGAAGGCACCCAAAUUUAAUGUUGCAGUGUAGAUCGUCUCUAUUAAGUAGAACUGGUCUCUGUCAUGUCUCGGGUGAAAAGGAACUAGAAAACAAUUGUAAAGUCUUGAGCAGGUUACCAAGAAAAGAUGAAACUGGAAAAUGGGUUUGUUUCCAUACCUUAAAUGUGUAAAGACCAUGUGAAUGAGAGUAAAUCUUGAGAUCCCAUACAUCUAGAAAAGUCUCUUGGUCUCUUGUCUUUGUCCUGUGAUUAGAGAUAAAGACCUGAAAAUAUGAAGAUUUACCUCAGAAACCUGUGAUUUUAAGUCGACCAGUUACUCUUUUCCGAAUUUCCUGUGAUGCCUCUGCAUUGUUUUAUAAUCACUUACCCCUUUUCAAGCCAGUAGAAAUGAAAAAACAUCUCUUUCCCAGGAGGGGGGUACCUGGAAAUUUUGUGCAUUAUUUUACUCCCAUCCCAUUAACCAUAAAUGGGUCGUAUGACCUCAUGUGCUGGAGUUGGAAGCCUUUUUGAAAAGCAUUUGAUAACUAAACAAAUUGAAAGGUUUUGGAAAAGGAGUAUACUUUAGUGAAUUAUGCAAUGGAUUUAAAACCAGGAGUCCAGGGCACCUGGG